GGCGUUUUUCACCACAUGGUAAACCGGAUGAGGAUUUCAACGAGUUCAACGUGGUUUGGCUAGAUUUGUUGUAUUUUCUUAUCCGAUAAUUCAUGCCAUUCUGUAACUAGUCAAUAUGACGGAAAGUAAAGGAGGAGAGAGUGCGAAGCCAGCAAAAGAGCUGCUAUCAUUGAAUCCUGAGCAGGAGCACGCUUUCAAAAAGAAAGUACAGACGGUGAAAAAGUCCAAAAAGGACAACCGCUUGACACCUGGUGUGAUUUAUGUCGGCCAUUUGCCUCGUAGGCUCUGUGAGCCAGACCUCAAAGCCUACUUCGAACAGUUUGGCACGGUCUCACGUCUACGACUAUCCAGGAGUAAAAAGACAGGAGGAAGCAAAGGUUACGCGUUUGUUGAGUUCGAGUGUGAUGAAGUCGCCAAGAUCGUCGCAGAGACCAUGAACAAUUACUUGAUGGGAGAAAAACUAAUUCAAUGUCACACAGUUCCACCGGAAAAACAGCAUGAAAAGAUGUUUGUUGGCUGCAACAGGACCUUUAGAAAACCUUCCAAGCGUGCCGUUUUCCGCUACAACAUGGAGCGCUCAAGUAAGCAAGUCACUAAGAUGACCAACAAACUCCUGAACAGGGAAGAGAAGCUCCGCAAAAGGCUUGCAGCAAAAGGCAUUGACUACGACUUUCCAGGAUUUGCUGCCCAUGUAUCCCGAAAGAAGAAGUGUGAUUCCUUGAAUGAGUCUACCUGUAGUGAUGACACCACACCAAUGUGCACCCCUUCCUUCAUGGAGAGGAGAAAGUCCACGGUUAAUGAUGACGAUGCAGAUGAUGAGAUUAUCAUCAAGAUGCCAUCUGUGGAGAAAGAUGAGUGCAGUUCAUCAGAGGAGGAAGAAGAUGACGAAGAGGAGGAGGAAGAGAAAAGUGAUUUGGAGGAUGAAGAACAAUGCAAAGCUGAUUAGGUGACUGAAGCGGAUGCAUAGCCAAUCUUGUUUUCCUGAGGACUGAUUUUCAGAGACUUUUUAUGGUGGAUAGUGUUUAGUUGGGAUUUCCUUGAUGUGAAAUUGAUCCCACGAUUUCAUGGGUCUACAUAAAAAAAAGAUGCUUUUACGACUCAUCAGUUAGGUUGCAUAAUCUGACAUAAGUGUGAGGAUUUUUUCCCUUUGUAAUACAAUGAGGUUGGAUUCAUCUGAAAUGUGUAAAAUCUAUUACAAAUCAAUGUAAUCUAAUGUCACUGACAUACUUCUCAAUUACCUGACGUGGAUAUGUCGUGUACAAAAGAGAAAGAUAUGUUAACAGCCCAAGCGGAUUUGUAAUAAAAUGCAGUACUGCUUAUGAAUCCCAAAUACACUGCUAUGCCACAAACCUCGUUGCAAAAGUGAAGAUCUAGUUGUUCUCAGGGGUGCCACUUAUUUAUG